AUGGGCCGACGCAGCUUCAGUCGCAGCCCGAGCCGCGGGCGAGGCCGCGGAGGACGCGGACUUCGCCGGAGCUUCAGCCGCGAUCGCGGGCCGCGCGGCCGAGGACGUAGCUAUAGCCGCAGCGCCAGCCGCAGUCGCAGCGACAGCCGCAGCAGCCGGUCGAGCUACAGCUCUCGGUCCAGCUCCGGGUCACGCUCGCGAUCGCGUGGCCGCAAGAGCCGCAGCCGCAGCAACGCGUCCAAGGGCCGCAAGAGUCGCAGCCCAAGCCCCGACGACGGGGCCUCGCUGCAUGUCGCGAACCUCACACGGAACGUCAACCCGGACCACCUGUCCGAGAUCUUUGGCAAGUUUGGCGUUAUCCAGAACGUGAACCUCGAGACAGACAAGGUCUCGCGCCUGUCCAAGGGUUUUGCCUACAUUCAGUUUGCCAAGCGCGCGGAGGCCGAGACAGCCCAGCUUCACAUGCACGAAGGGCAGAUUGACGGCAACAAGGUCCAGUCCGUCGCGUUCGCCGAGUCGCAAGUCGAACGAUCGCCGGCGCCGGCCGUCCCCUUUUCGCCGGAGAUCGCCUCCGAACAAUCGCCGCGCGAACUCGCCCUUCCGUCGACGGAGCCGCUCUCCGCCGAAUGGCGGUCGCCGGGGUCCAUCGCCCUUUCGCAGACGAAGCCCGCCCCGCGGAAAUCCCCGAUUCCAGAACGACCGCCGCCGGCCGUCGCCGUUCGUGCCCCGUGGCCGCCGCCCAUCUCGGUCUCGCUCGCGGUCGCCGCCGCGCCGCCGUAG